UGGCGGGGGGAGGACAGGGUUGCGGCGGGCGGAACGGUGUCUCCUUCACUUCGCCCUCCAGCCGCGGCAGCUGCAGCGGGACGCAGAGGUAGCCGAGCGGCCUCAGCUGCUAGCGGAGCGGCAGCGGUGCCUCCCCCUCCCCCCAGGAGACCACCAGAUCACCUCUCCUCGCGGCCUCGCCAUGGCGACCUCCGGACAGACCUGCCCGCGGCCAAUGUGUAUUCCUCCAUCAUAUGCUGACCUUGGCAAAGCUGCCAGAGAUAUAUUCAACAAAGGAUUUGGUUUUGGGUUGGUGAAAUUGGAUGUGAAAACAAAGUCAUGCAGUGGCGUGGAAUUCUCAACAUCUGGUUCAUCUAAUACAGACACUGGUAAAGUUACCGGGACCUUGGAGACCAAAUAUAAAUGGUGUGAGUAUGGUCUGACUUUCACAGAAAAGUGGAACACUGAUAAUACUCUGGGAACAGAAAUCGCUAUUGAAGACCAGAUUUGUCAAGGUUUGAAACUGACAUUUGAUACCACCUUUUCACCAAACACGGGAAAGAAAAGUGGUAAAAUCAAGUCUUCUUACAAGAGGGAAUGUAUGAACCUUGGUUGUGAUGUUGACUUUGAUUUUGCUGGACCUGCAAUCCACGGUUCAGCAGUCUUUUGUUAUGAGGGCUGGCUUGCUGGGUACCAGAUGACCUUUGACAGUGCCAAAUCAAAGCUGACAAGAAAUAACUUUGCAGUGGGCUACAGGACUGGGGACUUCCAGCUACACACUAAUGUCAAUGAUGGGACAGAAUUUGGAGGAUCAAUUUAUCAGAAAGUAUGUGAAGAUCUUGACACUUCAGUAAACCUUGCUUGGACAUCAGGAACCAACUGUACUCGCUUUGGCAUUGCAGCUAAAUAUCAGUUGGAUCCCACUGCUUCCAUUUCUGCAAAAGUCAACAAUUCUAGUUUAAUUGGAGUGGGCUACACUCAGACUCUGAGGCCUGGUGUGAAGCUUACACUGUCUGCUCUGGUAGAUGGGAAGAGCAUUAAUGCUGGAGGCCACAAACUUGGGCUUGCCCUGGAGCUGGAGGCUUAAUCCAGCUGAAAGAAACCUCUGGGAAUGGACAUCAGAAGAUUUGGCCUUAAUAUAUUUCCAGUGCGACCAGCAGGCUUCCCCCCCACCCCCACACAAGAAGGUGAUCAAAACAAAGGAUGAUCUAAACAA